AUGGAAAAUUCAGACAUCGAAGUUUUAACUCAGAUCCUCACUGAAGCUCAAAGCAGCGAUAAUGCUGUCAGAAAAGAAGCUGAAAAGAAGCUCCUUGAGUCAAAGAAGACCCAACCAGAGAAUUAUUGUGUAUACCUUUUCAAUGUUCUCAUGAACAAGGAAAUGGCUCAAAAUGUUCGUGUUUUGACAGCAAUUCUCCUCAGAUCUGCAUUCUUGGCCACACAGAAACAUGACACCAACUGCUGGGGAAAGCUAUCAAAGGAGAACAGAGAGUUCAUCGAGAAGCAGAUAUUUGAAGUCAUUGCAGCUGAAGAAGACAAGAUUAUAAUCCCUCAUCUUGCCAACCUCUUGUCUGAAAUCAUUGGAAGCCUAUAUGAAAUCGAAGACCAAAUUAGGCUUACAGAGACACAUGAACUCUGUAAGAGGUUCAUUGAAUCUGGAGCCCAGACCCAGGUCUUAGCAGCCCUAAAUAUUUACAUUGGAAUCUUUGAGAAGCUAUUCAACGAGAUCAUUAGUGUUAAGGAUGACCUUAUCACCAUCUUUAACGUUACGAUGGCUAGCGAAGACACAGAAAUUUCUUUCAUGGGGCUUAAGACACUCUGUAAAUUAGUCAUCAUCCUUGAGAGACAACACUCUGAACACUUCAUACAUCUAGUAGAGAACAUGAUUAAAGUAACAAUGAACGCAUUUGAUAGAGACGAUGAAGACACUCUUGAGAAAUGACUGGUUGAAUUUAAAGCAGUGACUUCAGUAGAGCCAAGGUUCCUUGUUUCUUCAUUCAACGAAAUGUGAACUAGUUUUAAAAAGAUCAUGCAGAAAAAGGACUUUGAGAAAAAGACUAUCAGAAUCCUUCCUGUAGAACUCAUUUCGACUAUCAUUGUUAGACUCAAGACUGUUUUCCAAAACAAGCUCAAAAUAGUUGAAAAGGUAGUAGAAGUAUUCUACCAUGUCAUGAUAGACAUCGACGAAGAGCUUGACGAUGAGUGGAUCAACCCUGAUGAUGGAACUAGAAUAGAGGAGGAGGAAUUCAGUACAGACCCGGUCCAUGUUUGUUCAAAGUCUAUUGACAAUUUUAUCAGAGAACUUGGAGCAACUAAAAUGCUUCCUAUCGUCAAAUCUUUAAUUGAAGUUAGAGGCAAUCUCAGUGAAGUACAAGAUUGGAGAAUCAUCAAUGCAAAUCUGAUGAUUAUUGCUUGCUUAGGAGAAUACAUUGACAAUAUUUAUGAUGCUGAGCCAUUGGCACAACAAGCUAUCAAGAAUUAUUAUCAUGAGCAUCCCAAAGUAAGAUAUGCUGCCUUCCAUGUUAUUGGGCAAAUGAGUACAGAUCUUCAACCAGCAUUCCAGACUCACUUCGAGAAGCAUCUUCUCAACACAAUGGUGCAAAGCUUGGAUGAUAAAUUUCCAAGACUUCAAGCACAUGCAGCUGCUUCUUUAACCAACUUCCUUGAAGGCUGCACUGAUGAUAUUGUCGCCUCUCAUAUUGAGACAUUAGCAACAAAGCUUAUUCAAAUUAUCCAUGAAGGAAAUACCAUGUGCAAAGAGAAUGCAGUCACAUGUCUUGCAACAGUUGCUGAAGCAGCUGAAAGUUUAUACGAGCCCUAUUUCGAAGAGACAAUCAAGAGCCUAUCUCCAUUCCUUGUUGAAAAUUCUGGACUUCAAUACUACCAAUUCAAGGGACAAUUAAUUGAAAGUAUAGUGAUAAUCUGCGUUGCAGUUGGAAUAGAUAUCUUCAGACCCCACUCUGAAGACUUGAUCAGUAUUCUUCUAAAGAUUCAAAACAGUAUUUUUGAUGAGACAGGAGUCACUCAAACAAACACGACUAUUGAUAAAUCUUUCGAGCACCAUGUCUUACAGUCAUAUCUCUUGACUGCAUGGGAGAAGUUGUGCUACCUUAUGAAUGAAGAAUUUAUUCCGUAUCUAGAUCAGAUCGUUCCAACUCUCCUGAAAAUUGCAAGUCUCAAUUCUGAGUUUAAAACUGCUGAGGAGGAAAACCUCUUCACUGACCAAACAGAGGACAACAACAUAGUUUCCUCAGAGAUUGAUGAGAAGAACUCAGCACUUCAGAUGAUUGAAGCUUUUGUGAGAGAACUUAAGUCAGGCUUUGCUGCUUAUGUUGAGCCUGUGAGUCAGAUCCUCAUCCCAAUGCUUACGUUCAAACAGAGUGAGACCAUUCGUUCAUCCUCCGCAAGCUGUAUUCAUGGCCUCAUGGUCAGUGUCAUUGAAGGGUGCCCAGAUGACAGAGACCUCCAAGUUAGAGUUGCUGAGAAAUAUCUUGAUGAACUCUGGAGUGCCUCUAAAAUUGAAAAUGAAACCGAAGUUCUUGGAGUUCAGUGCCAAGCAAUCAGAGAUGUUAUUAAAGAGAUGAAGAGUCCUUUCAUGAGCGAAGAAGUUGUCAAUGCUAUGUGCAAGAAGUGUAUCGAAAUGCUCAAAAAUUCAGACAAAAGGAAGCUUAUCAAUGAAGAUUACUCAAAAGAUAACAUCCAAAGCCAGGGUGAAAACAUUGACCAUGAAGAUUUUGAGCUUAUGAAGAUGGAGAAUUACAAUGAAGACGAGUUCCAGAUUGCCAUUUCUGAGAUUUUUGGAAGCCUCUUCAAAACACAUAAAGAAUACUGUGGAGCACUCUGCAAGACUCUUUUUGAUGACAUUCUCCCUGAAUAUCUUAACGAAUCUGGCCCAGAUAUUAAAAAGAGGUUUUCUCUUUACAUUAUGGUAGAUAUGAUUGAGCAUUUGGGGUAUGACUACAUUAAAGAUCAGUUCGAUUCUCUAAUUGAGUUCCUCAUCCAAUACUCCAGCAGUGAGGUGACAGUUCUUAGACAAUCUGCUCUCUUUGGCCUCGGAAUGGCUGCUGUAUGGUGAAAAGAAGGCUUCACUUCAUUUGUUGAAAAAGCAGUAGAACUAUGAAAAAUCGCCUGUGACAUCCCACAAGGUGAUCAAGAUAAGGAAGAAUACCUUCAUUGUAGAGAUAACGCAGUUAGCUCCCUUGGAAAAAUUAUUCAGAACUAUGCUGAAGGAGAUAACAUGGACGAACUAAUGGUAUUCUGGAUCGAAAGAAUGCCGAUCAAGCUUGAUCUAGAAGAAAGUAAAGAAAUGAACCAGCUGCUCUUAGAACUUCUCAAGAACAAGCUUGAUCUCAUUCUCGGAGCUGAUCUUAGCAGAUUACAGCCGGUGGUAGAUAUGAUUGGAGAGCAAUUGCACUCUCUUUACAUGAGGAAAGAGACCAUUAAAGGAUUUGGUGUUCUUCUCAAUGAUCUGCAAUCAAUUCCAACAAUUAACGAGGUAUUCGAGGAAAUCUCAAACGAUAUUGCAAAAUCAAGAAUCAGGAAAGCAAUUCAAGAAGCAAAGCAGCCAUAAGUCUAGCAAUUUAAUAAAUAAUCUACCGUCAAUUAGAC